AUGUCCGCCGCGGUGACGGCGCCGCCCUGCCACAGCCGGCCGUCCCCUCUCAACCCCAACUCGAGGGCCACGCCGUCGCCGAGCAGCAACGGCAAGCCCAACGCGGUCUCCACGACAAGGAGGCACCUCGCCAACCUCGACCGCCUCCUCGUCAAGUCGCCACCGCUCCCGCUCCCGCUGCCGCCGCAGCACAGGAAACUGCCAGUAACCGAGGUGCCACGCGACGGGGAGGCCACCCCCGACGACCGCAGCGGCCACGGCGGGCUCCUCAACGCGCUGAACCUGUCCACGUUCCUGCCCUUCACGCGGAAGGCAGCCGUGGACGAGAUGUCCCCGCGCAGCCUGGCGUACAUGCAGCGCCUCCUCACGCUCUCCCCGCGGCUGUCACCCAAGGGCUCCAUCGCGGCCGAGUGGCGGAGGUACCACGGCGAGGGCGGGUGGGAGGGCCUCCUCGACCCGCUCGACCACAACCUGCGCCGCGAGCUCCUCCGCUACGGCGACUUCGUGCAGGCCGCCUACACGGCGUUCCACUCCAUGCCGUCGGCGGCGGAGGCCGCGUCCAACGACCACCACCACACACUCGUGCUCCCGGACCGCUCGUACCGCCCCACGCGCAGCCUCUUCGCCUCGUCAUCGCUGUCCAUCCCGCCGUGGGCGCAGCGGCGGUCGGCGCCCAACUGGCUCACGCAGCGCACCAGCUUCGUCGGCUACGUCGCCGUCUGUGACAGCGAGCGGGAGGUCCGUCGCAUGGGCCGCCGCGACAUAGCCAUCGUGCUACGUGGCACCGCCACGUGCCCUGAGUGGGCCGAGAAUCUCCGCGCCAGCCUCGUGCCGCUCACGGCGGACGACGACGCGUCGUCCGCGCCCAAGGUGGCAAAGGGGUUCCUGAGCCUAUACAAGACGCCAGGAGACCACGUGCCCAGCCUCUCGGCCGACAUAGUGGACGAGGUGAAGCGUCUCAUGGAGGUGUACAAGGGCGAGGAGCUCAGCAUCACAAUCGUCGGACACAGCCUUGGCGCGUCGCUGGCCCUCCUCGCUGCCGACGAGCUUAGCGCUUGCCUGGCUGCUGACACAGACGGCACCACGGAUCACCGGCCGCCGCCGCCGAUCGCCGUGGUCUCCUUCGGUGGCCCCAAGACCGGAAACCGCGCGUUCGCGGAGCGGCUGCAGCGCGAGCGCGGCGUGAACGUCCUGCGGGUGGUGAACGCGGGCGACGUGGUGACUCGCGUGCCGGCGCCGAUUGCCUCGGAAGGGUAUGUGCACACGGGUGGAGCUGAGCUGAGACUGCACAACAGCGACUCGCCGUGCCUGCGCCCCGACGCGGGGCCAGCGUGCUGCCACGACCUGGAGGCGUACCUACACCUUCUGGACGGGUUCGCCGGCUCCGGGCGGCCGUUCCGCCACGACGCGAGCCGCAGCGUGGCGCGGCUGCUGACAUACCAGCGGCCCAACGUGAAGCGUGCGUACGUGGAGCGCGCCCGGAUGCUCGGGUUCGAGCCGGCCUCGCCCAGGACCGCCACCGCCACCGGCGCCGCCGCCGACGGCCAGUACGGCUACCUGGCCAGCCCCACAUGA